AUGGACGGCUACCAUGGAGUACAGUUGGCCCGCGAGAGCUUCUUCAGUAUCAACUGGUCAACAGUCUUCGGCAUUUUCUUAUUAAUAUGCAUCGCAACGCGGAUCGUGACGGGACUUCAAAGUCGGAAAUCAGCGUCUCUGAUAGUACCCUUGGCGCCUUACUGGUUCCCGUGGAUUGGACAUGGACCUGCCUUUCUGUGGAAUCAUGUCUCCUUCUUCAAGAGAACUCGGGAAUCCAUGAAUGAGCCGGUCUUUGGCAUCUAUCUCCAGGGAGUGAAGCACAACGUCGUGGCAUCUCCGUCCAUGAUGAAAGAAGUUCUGGCACUUAAGGAUUCUUCCAAUCCUGAGGUGCUAGAUCAAGCUUUGCAAAAUGUCUUUGGUGACCGCAGUCUCAUUCGGAAUUUGAAUCUAGACAGUAAUCAAGGAGUCAAAGACACAGCCUUCACGAUUCUGAACGACGAUUCAUUUGUGGCCGGGGCAUCGUCUGCAAUUUCUCGCUUGGUUCAGCAGAAUAUGCCAAAUUUGGUGAGCUUCUGUCGAAGCGAAGUUGACCAAAAUCCCUGGGAACGUGGAAUCAGUCAGGUUGAACUUCUCGACGGAAAUCAAACAAUCUGUGAAGCCAAUCUCUUCGUCUUAUUGAGCAGUUUCAUCGGCCACAUCGUCUCUACUUCCCUGAUGGGCGAGGCUUUUGUGGAAAACUUCCCUAAUCUAGCAGAGGAUCUGGGUCGACUUGACGAUACCUUUGUGACCUUGUUUGUAGGCACUCCCCGUUGGGCUCCCCACCCAGCAGCUUCAGCUGGUCAUGCGGCGAGUGAUCGACUUCGCCAUAUUAUGUCGGUGUUUCAUCGAGCACUCACUGCUGUGGAUGAUGGAAUUGACCCUGGUAUUGAAUUGCGUGACCUGGAUGAUGUGUCUGACUUGGUCAGAGAGAGGAUGCAGAUGUUCCGCAAGUUGGAGUUAUCUGCCGGGGCCAGCGCCGCAGGACAUUUGUCUCUCUACUAUGAUCUGAUUGAACAUACGACCAAGAUCAGCUUCUGGGCGAUUACCCACAUUUUUGCCGAACCUACGAUUCUCGAGCAAGUUCGCAAAGAAAUAGCGCCUUACGUGAUAGCUUCGCGGGCAACUCGCCAGGAGACAGGGUUCCCAUUCGAUGAACCCCCUCGGCUCUCUGUUGAUAUUGAGCAGGUGCUCACCUCGUGUCCUAUGUUCAAGGCGUGCUACUAUGAAACUGUGCGCCUUCAUUCGGCUGGGAUCUCAUUUAAGAAGCCCACGUCCGACAUUACACUUACGGAGUCGGCUGAGGAAGCUGCCUAUGGUCUGAGAGAGCCCUGUCAAUACCAAAUCCCUCGAGGCGAGCGGAUCAUUGUCCCCCAUGGCGCUUACUAUCACGAUUCGCGGUACUUUUCCAACCCGCAUCAGUUUGAUCCUCUCCGGUUCCUUGUCACCGUCCCCGAGACCGGUGCUCAGCAAGCCGAUCCCAAUAUUCUUGCUCCAUUUGCCGAAGGAUUGUACGGAUCUACCAACAAUGGGUUCACCGAGAGAUCUAUCUUGACAUUCGUUGCCAGUGUUGUGGCCAUGUGGGAGAUUGAGCCUACGAGCGGGAAGUUGCUCACGAUCCCCGGACAUAAGACCAGUUGGGGAGCAUUCCGACCGACCAAAGAUCUGAGAGUGAGGAUGAAGACGAGGGUUUAG